AUGCUAAGAAAGCAAACUAUGACAAGAUUGCCCUCUGCAAUUCUUUUCACCUUAUUAGUACAUAUUAAUGAAGCACACGUGAACCCGUCGACGGAGUUGUCAUUUAUGUUCAAUUCGACGAUUUCCAAUCGAACAACAUUAACUUCUCCUUUGUUGAGACAACCGACGCGACAAGCAACCUAUCUCGGUGCCAUACUCGCAUUUGUUUUUAUUUUCUUUGGUCUGAUCGGAAAUAUUCUUCUUAUAACAACAAUCCUUUCGUUUAUUAUGUCGAACUAUUUCCAUGUCUUUUACUACAAAUUGACGACGGAAUGUAUCUGUGCGCAAACAUACAUCCAACACUUCCGUCUUCUCUUCGUUGUUCUCAAUAGAAUUCAAUCAUGUACUUUGCCAAGAACUCAUCGUCAUGUUCUGUUACAAUUCAAUGAUUUACUCAACAUUGGUUUUAAUCAAUUCUUCGUUGGACUUUCCUAUGCCAAUCAUCAUUGGGUUGGCGGGCCUUUGAUCUGCAAAUUAGUAGUCUAUUUUUCAACUGUUUGUAUGGGUUGUCUUCUUUGGCAUCAUUGUCUAAUUGCUAUUCACCGCUUAAUUGUUGUUGUUUAUCCAUCUUUAUUACGUCGCAUGUCAGUCAAAACGUAUGUGAUUGUUUCACUUGUCAUUACUCGAGUCUUACCGAUCUUAUGUUGCAUUCCUUCGUUUGCAACAUAUUCGAUCGAGUAUUCACCUCAAGCAUUACGUUGUUCCAUAAGAAAUAAAGUGCAAAUAUUCAUUAACUUAACUGUUUUAAUUAUUCUACCUAAUGUUAUUAUUAUUUUUUGUUUUCUCGGCAUCUUCUUUCAUGUUUAUCAUGCAUCAUAUACAAGCGGAAGAACAACGACUCCUUCGACAUCUGUUUCGCAUUCAUUAAGACGUGAAAUACGUAUUACAAAAAUGUUCGCCGUUUUAUUCACGUUGUUCUUUCUCGGCUAUCAUCCCUACGGAUUCGUACGUGCCUAUGAUAAACGUCGUCAAUUACAUCCGGAUAUAUUUGUUCUAUUGACAUUACUCUAUUGUAUAUCAAUAUGUGCCUCACCAUUCGUCUAUGGGAUAAUGAACAAUCAAUUGCGUCACGAGUGUAUGCGCGUGAUUUUCAACUGUUGGCAUUGUCAAAAGAUUGAUGAUUAUCGGAAAUAUUCGCACGGCCGAUUGAAUUCAACGGUGACAACAGCAUUAACAGUUGCUAAUGAUGGAGGUGAUGACGGACGGGCAAGUCCAUCAGCAGCGUCAAUGCGUGACUUAUCUUGUAAAACAGUGCGAAAGAAAACAUCAAGUGCAACCAUAGUUGAUACUGCUCAUAUUUAA